AUAGAAAGAACUAGCAAAGAGGCACACCAAUGAAGGUCCGGUGAUCGCGAGAGGAAGGAGACUGCCGACCUGAUGUUCCAACGAGUGUGAGACAAAUAUCGCCAAGUGGGUUACAGAGAUUGACGUUAUCAAGGCCGUUUCUGGCAACCGUGGCCGGUUCUACUGCUGUUAUUUUGUUGCAAUAUUUCAGUGAUGCAAUCACAGGGCAGCACUUCCUCCCAGCCCUCUGUUGAUUCGCUGAGCUCCAGUGACAGCUACCUGUUCAACCACUCUGAGCAGGCGGAGGAUGACACUGACGUCUUCCUGUCUGAACGCUCCCCCGCCGUCAUCCUCGGCACUGGGGGCAUGGUCAGGGGCAACGGGAGUGCCGGGGCAGAGAGUCCCGAGUCCCAGUGGGCGUGUGACGGCUUCACUGACCGCGAGGAGGAGGAGUCACUGGGUUCAGAGGUCACUGGAGGUCACCCCAGGGUCACAGCUGAGAGACAGAGAACAAGAGAGACGGAGAGAGAGAAGACAGAGGGAGACCUGCUCUUUGCCCAGAAGUGUGCUGAGCUGCAGGGAUUUGUAAGGCCCCUACUGGAGCUGCUGAAUGGACUGAAGGGGGGACGAUUUGACCGUGGUCUGAGUAGUUUCCAGCAGAGUGCAGCCAUGGACCGCAUCCAGAGGAUCGUAGGGGUCUUACGGAGACCCAGCAUCGGGGAAAAGUAUAUGAACACUCUUCUCCAGGUGGAGACGAUGCUGAAGAUGUGGUUUCCACAGGUGUCCCCCUUUGCCCCACCUACCGCCCCUACCCUCUUCCCCCCUCACCUCUCCCCCCGGGACAGCCCCAGCAGCACCCCCCCACACAGGCACAGAGACCAGUCGCACAUCCCUGUGAAGAAGCGCAGACUGAGUUGGUCAGACACAGACUCUGACACCCCUCCUCCUGUACUCUUUAAGAGGCUCAACGCCGGUGGAGGAGAGGAGAGGAGGAAGGAGGGGGGAGACGUCCCCUCGGCAACUUCAGGGGUACCCCCACACCCCCAGGACCCCACCAGCGACCAAGAGAAUGAGAGAAAGGAAGAUGAGGACAGCAAAGAGAGAGAGGGAGAAUCAUCAAGCAACAAAGCGGGGCUCUGUUCUGAGCCCGGUCCCACCUCGGUCCUUGUAGUGCCCAUCCUUUCUCCCUGGAAACCAAUGGAGGGGAAACAGCUGCUGCCUGUCAUGCCACCUCCCACCACCAGGGGCGGUCCAGCCAUGCAGGACAGCGUAAUCUCUUCCACCACGCCCUUCAACAACCUCCAAAGCCAGCAGCAGCCAAUCCGGUGCCAAAGCCAGCCUGUUGCCGGGAAGACUGGGAAAAAGACAGUAAAGACCUGUCAGGGGCGGGUCCAGGCUCAUUCAAUCACGGCAAAGCCUUUGAAAAGGGGGGAGUGUAAGAGCAGGGUUAACUCCGCCCCUUUAUAGACCUGAUGCACUGAGCACACUCCUCCGCCCAGCAGGCUAGUGUGACUACGUCAACAUGCUAAAGCUGCUGUGAUAGGGAGAGUCAGGGGUAGAAAUAGGCUGCAGUCCAAACACUUUAUGUUUAGCCCCUCAGCCCUCGCACUAGCCACUCUCCCUUGGGGGAAUCCCCUUUGAAACCGGAUGCAGUUUGAUUGCCAUCUUAAGUGGAGGUCCAAUUCACUAACGUUGCCCCCUCGGCCCUCGAUUUAGCUCGAGGGAGCGAGUGAAGAACUUUGAUCACUUGCGGGGUUUAUAUGACCCACAAUUCAAUGCAAAUUGUAGUCAUGUAUCAUACUCCGGUGGCCGCGAAUGUCACAUUCACUCAUCACGGCUGCAUUUUCGGCCUGUCAGACAAAAUUAUGAUUCUAGCUUGCUAGCAAGCUAUAUAUAUGACAUUGAUUUUAGCGUUGCCAAAUUGGCUUAGUCUCGUAGUGAGGAGCCUAUAAAACCUAGCUAGCUUCAUAAACAUCUUUUUGGAAAUUCUGAAAUGUAUUGCAAUAAAUGACCAAACUAUAAAACUAGCUAGCCAGCUAUGGAUAACUGUAGCUAGCCAGCUAUGGAUAACUGUAGCUAGCCAGCUAUGGAGAACUGUAGCUAGCCAGCUAUGGAGAACUGUAGCUAGCCAGCUAUGGAUAACUGUUGCUAGCUAGCUACGUUAGCUUGCUAGAUACAUGAAUAGCUGUGGGUUGGUUGUUUUUAAGCUCAACUUCAAUAUUUCCACUAAGGACGUUGCCUCCGAUCAUCACACUCUAAUUAGAAUUUGGACUGCAGCCAUGGUUUUAGGUGCUGAUGAGUUUCCUUCAUGAUGGAUCUUUUGCAACUCCCUAAACGCAAUUAGGACCAUUAAUGAAAAUGAUAUCUGAGAGACUACAGUUAUUACUACAUGAGGACAGAAUGUGUCCUUGUGAAUCAUAAUCACAGUUCAACAACAAUCAGAUGUUUUUGCACAAAUAGUGGUUGUAGAUUGGAAGGUUGGUAAGCACCUCUUAAAGCCCAUCGCUUGUUUAUAGAAUAUUGGAUCUCUGAUUGACCGAAUGAUAUACUCUCUUACUCCACUUAAGAAAAGGUAAAUGCCACUAUGCAAACUUAAUCGAAACACUGUUGGCUUAGGAAUAUUUGGGUUUCAGGUGGUUGGAGGCAAGGAGGUGACGAGGAGAGGAUGGUUAGAAGGACAGGUGGAAUAAGAUUUGGGGAUUAAGGAUAGUUAUAUUCCUGGAAUGAUAUUCCUGGAAUCUCCUCAGAGAUGAUGCUUCCAGUGAAUAACAGCAGACAGACAGUUCAAUAGACCGAGGCAUUACGGAUAGAAGUGAGGAAUAAUCAUUAGACUACUGAAUGACCUCUAGAACUGAAUAACUGCAGACAGACAGUUCAAUAGACCGAGGCAUUACGGAUAGAAGUGAGGAAUAAUCAUUAGACUACUGAAUGACCUCUAGAACUGAAUAACUGCAGACAGACAGUUCAAUAGACCGAGGCAUUACGGAUAGAAGUGAGGAAUAAUCAUUAGACUACUGAAUGACCUCUAGAGCUGAAUAACAGCAGACAGACAGUUCAAUAGACCGAGGCAUUACGGAUAGAAGUGAGGAAUAAUGAUUAGACUACUGAAUGACCUCUAGAACUGAAUAACUGCAGACAGACAGUUCAAUAGACCGAGGCAUUACGGAUAGAAGUGAGGAAUAAUCAUUAGACUACUGAAUGACCUCUAGAACUGAAUAACUGCAGACAGACAGUUCAAUAGACCGAGGCAUUACGGAUAGAAGUGAGGAAUAAUCAUUAGACUACUGAAUGACCUUUAGAGCUGAAUAACUGCAGACAGACAGUUCAAUAGACCGAGGCAUUACGGAUAGAAGUGAGGAAUAAUCAUUAGACUACUGAAUGACCUCUAGAACUGAAUAACUGCAGACAGACAGUUCAAUAGACCGAGGCAAUACGGAUAGAAGUGAGGAAUAAUCAUUAGACUACUGAAUGACCUCUAGAACUGAAUAACUGCAGACAGACAGUUCAAUAGACCGAGGCAUUACGGAUAGAAGUGAGGAAUAAUCAUUAGACUACUGAAUGACCUCUAGAACUGAAUAACUGCAGACAGACAGUUCAAUAGACUGAGGCAUUACGGAUAGAAGUGAGGAAUUAUCAUUAGACUACUGAAUGACCUCUAGAGCUGAAUAACAUCUAAGAGGACGUGGCAGGGACCUCUACUGAAGUCUAAAGAGGUUUAGAAUCUAUUCAAUGUCAAUCCAUCAACAUGACACAAUCUGUUUGUGAAGACGGAUGCAAGGUGUUUUGGGUGAAGAUCGAUUAUGACUGAAACGAAUGAACCACAACUGGGUUUUAUUCUGUGUGGAGAAAUGUGAAGCGGGUUAUCCGGUAAACAGUAAAUCACAUUUCAAUGGCCUAGCCGGUAGGGGAUAGAAUACCAAACAGACCUUAGAUCAGCUUCUAGGGACAACUUAAUCCUUUAAAUGGCUCAGUGGGAGACUCUAAAGACCACCCUGAGAGAAGAGUCCACUCACAGACAGACACAGACAGACAGAAAUCCUGUUUAUUUAUUCACAUGUUGACUUGACAAUGCUGCAUUUAUUUAUUACCUUUAUUUAUUAAUUGGCAGCUGUGUUUCUCGCUCUUUGAACUUACAAUUGGUUGACCGAUUGGUUGACUGAUGCUCUUGGGAAAGUUGCUGUACAGCGGUUUGUUUGUGGUUUUUACUGUUAUGAUGGGACAAAUUUUGGGGGGAUGAUUGGACUUUUGUGCCUUUACCAAAUAGUAUGUGUACAAAAAACAAAGCAUUUUAUUCUUUCAAAGCAUUUUCUACUGCAUUUUGAUAGUUUGCUUGUCUUUCUUAAUAGCACAGUGCACAAUCAGUCGAAUAGCACAGUACACAACGCCUAAUUCCUGCCUUCAAUCUCUUAUCUGGCUUCCAGGGGUCUGUUGGGCAAAACUAGCUACCUACAGAUCCCACAACAGCAAGGCAACCUCUACUCCAACCUGUACAGUGGUCAUGUGUACAACACAAUAGUAUUCUAUACAUAUACAUCAUAGUCUUCUAUGAACUAACGACAGUGGCUAAUUUAUUUCCGUUUUUAGAUUGACAGUUGCCUCUUCUCCGGGGUGUAUUUUAUAGUUGAUUAUGUAGGUCUGACUGGAGGAUAUGAUCAGCGCUUGCUAUCUCCUGUGUGCUUCUUGGCGCUCGUCAAACUUGAAAAACGUGAGGAUCAGAGCUAAAAGGGAGACCGUAUGAAUAUUUAUUUUGCACCAUCAUCGUAAGCUGCUAUACAUAAUAGGACUAAAACAUGAUUGAAAUAUUCCUCAUAACAAAUCAUUAAUACACAUGUAUUUACUAAUGAAACAUAUGCCAUUCAGCAGACGCUUUUUAUCCAAAGCGACUUACUGUCGUUCGUGCAUACAUUUUUACAUAUGGGUGGUCCCUGGAAUCAAACCCACUGUCCUGACAUUGCAAGCACCAUGCUCUACCAACUGAGCUCCAGAGGAAAUACAUGAUACAGGGUUUACAAAGAGUUUACUUAUACUUAAUCAACUGUUUAUAUGCAGAGCUUCCAGUAAAGCACUGCUAAAACAAGUUCAUAUGGUUGCAUCCAUACUCCCUAUAGCUUUCUCCAAGGAGAGCCACAACUGAACACACAAUCACUGGUAGCCUCCAUGUUACCUACCUACUGUCUUUACUUGGGGCUGGGGGAUGUUUUUAUGCUUGAGGUAUAAGUUGCUCUUAACCACAGGUCUAUGAUCAGAUUUUUCCUACCCCCAAUCCUAACUUUUACCAUUAGGUGUUGAAAACACACCUGACCCCGGGCCUGUGGUUAAGGGCCACUUCUUCCUACUUGUGUUUUUUAUACAGCUGUUUUAUGACAGAGAAACUGAUUGCACAGAUUUUUGUGAUCUCUUUUCCAUGUAUGUUUUCUACUGCAGAGACCACCGCUGAUUGGUCAGAAAUAAUAUGUCUUGUUUAUUUCAACUGCCUUUUUAUAUCUUAGUAGAUGCUGUACUCACCCCCUCUACUCCUCCCUCCCUUCUGCUCCUCUCUAUCCUCCUCCCCCUCUCUCUACUCCUCCCUCCAACCCUCUACUCCUCCCUCCCUCCUCCUCUCUAUCCUCAGCCCUCCCUCCUCCCCCUCUCUCAACUCCUCCCUCCUUCUCUGCCACAUUCUACUACUUUUGCCCUCCUCCCUUUCUCUCAUAUCUGUUCAUCCCUUUCUCUCCCUCUCUUACCUUCUCUCUCACUAUUUCUCUGUUUCUCACUCUUACUCUGCUGUCACUCUGUGUUACUCUUCGGAGUACUUUUUACAUUGAUGAUACAAAAAUAAAAUCUUUUAAUAAAUGAAA